AUGACUACUGGGAGAAGAAUUUCGAACCAGAGCUAGACGACCCGGAAUACCACCCAGCGGAGAAGGCCCGCCUCACGUGGAAGAUCAAAGGCGUUCGGGGCACGAGGGAGUGGCCGAACUAUGCCAAAAUCAUGCGGUCUCCGCCCGCAUACGUUGGCGGGUACUGGUGGACAAUCAAGUUCUUCCCUCGCGGCAACAACGUGAACUCGCUGAGCGUUUAUCUUGAAUGCUCUGCCACCAUGCCCGUCCCCGAGAAGAGUCACCCGGAGACCGAAUUUGCCGUCGUUCACGGUCCUGCCGACAGUGAUCUUAAUGGCAUUGCCCCGGCCUUGAAUGUCAAGUAUCCUCGAUCAGAGGACUCCACGGCGUGGCUCGACCAUUACAAUUCUCACUAUCUGCCCACUAUAGAGCAGGCGGACCCUUCUACGGAUACGUGGCGAGUCUCCGCUCAAAUUGGCGUCAUAGCAUACAACCCGGACGAGCCUCGCACCGGGUGGAUGCAGUCCUCUUGCCACCAGUUCAAUCCUCAUAAUUUGGACUGGGGUUGGACCAAUUUCCACGCCCCCUGGGACGAGAUUCAUCGUCGCCAGCGUGGCCAACGCCAGGCAUUGCUUCGUAAUGACACGCUGGUUUUCAAUGCCUACAUCCGUAUCUUCGACGACCCGACUCGGUCCCUGUGGUGGCAUUGCAGCGACUCCGAGCCUACCUGGGACAGCUUGAGUCUCACCGGGUAUCGCCCCCUGGGUGACUCGGUCAUCAACCACAGCGCCGAGGUCGCCGGUCUGGCCACCUGGUUGCACAUUGCUCCUUUCUGCAAGAUCAUUCAGAACGUAAAUGUGCUGGAACACCUGACCAAUUGCGAUGUCAAGCCGAAACCACUGUGUGAUGCGUUGCAAAAGUUUCUGUGGCACCUGCGCUCGCGCGGCAAGUCCCUGCAAUAUGUCGACACCGACACAAUUACCUCGACCCUUCGUAACCUGCACGAGUAUUCCGGCGAUGUUUGUGAGUUUUGGGAACGCUUGCGGCGGACCCUUGAGCUGGAACUUGCAGGCACAGAUGCUGUGAAAGAACUCGCUGCCAUCUUCGACAGCCCCACUCCGCAGCCCCCUUCCACAUCUGCAGACGGAGAGAACGUGAUCAAUACCAUUCCCAAGGACUUCAACUCGCGCAUCUGCGUGCCCGCCGAUCAGGCCGGCACGAUGCAUGAAGCCCUCGAUUGGUACUUGGGACAGAAGCCGGGUCGCUGGGCGCUGCCACCUAUACUCCACGUGGAGUUGGGGCGUCAGAAGCUCGACAAGGCGGCCCGGCAAUGGCGCCUGCUCUACAACCGAGUCGAGCUGGAUGAGGAGCUUGAUCUAGCGCCGCGGGUCGUGGAUGGACAAAGUGGAAAAUAUGUUCUUUACGGCUACAUCGUCCACCGUGGUCGACGAACCUCGGGCAAGUUUUUCAGCAUUCUCCGCCCUGGAGGACCUGGCUCCAAAUGGCUGGCCUUUGACGAUGGCAGCGAUAAUCGCGUGGAAUGUUUAACGCGGAAAACGGCCUUGGGUCCUCACGUCGGCCUGGAUUCAUCUCAGAAAGUGGACCACAAAACGGGGCAUGACGUCGCAAUCGCCGCCAUGUACAUCCGGGACGAUGCCGUGCAGGAGUAUCUCCCAGGGCCUCAAGGACCCUGGGAAGUCAACGAGGCAUUGAAGGGAUACUAUGAGAACGGAGAUUAUCCUUUGUCCCUGUCUCCCGGUGACAAGCCCGCCAAAGACAUCCAAGUUGAGAUUUAUUCGGUCCCGCAGUAUGAUAAGCUGGACAGUCUCUUCGACACAUACGAUCUGAUGUCGCAGGCCAAGACAGCCAACAAUGUCAUGUAUCUCACCGUUCCUCGCUCAACCAAUCUCAUCGAUCUGCGAAAGAAAAUUGCCCAGUGGGCUUCGGCAGGCGCCGAGAGCGCGACCAUCCCGGAGCAUGUCCGCCUAUGGCAGAUUGGUCACACUCUUGAUCGGUUUGGGCCGACUCUUGCCUUUUCACGGGUGUCGGAUCUGAAGGCAACAUUGGACCUUCCCUUGCAGGUCGCUCGUUUCUGGAUGCAGGUCGUCUCAGAAGUGGAUGCGAAGUACUUCGCCAUGAAGGAUCCCCAGGACGCAAUCACAACUGAGAGCAACAAGCCAGAGGAGGCAAUCCUUGAGCGGGAGGAUUCUGAUUCUGCAGACGAUCUCAUGCCAGCACGCGAAGGGGACGCCGCUCAGGCCAGUUCAUCCGGGACCACCCCCACAGGCGAUCUCGGCGACAAUCCGAGCACUGCUCAAGCAGUUGCUGAAGUAUCAACACCAGAAGAUCCUUCCGAGGGCCGGGCUCAAACCCCCAUCCCCGCUGCACCCGAACCCGAUUCGAAUGUGACCACCAAUGGCGAGACGGUCGUGGAAAAUGCCGACAAUGAUGCCGUAAUUGCAGCUAUUAUUGCAGACGACGUCCAGCAGAUGGAUACGGAGGAACCCACCAACACAGAGCCCACGCCGGAGCAAGCUCCUCAGGAAACUCCCGCUGAGCCCGAGCCGCCCACGGCCGACGCCACGCCUACCAUCCCAACCGAGCCGGAGAUCACACUUCCGGUGGAUCACGUCUACUACUUCAUCCAGAUGUUCGAUGUUGAUACGCAAUCUCUGCGAACUGUGGGCUCUUUCUUUUCCCAGAAAGAGGAAAACAUCAAGUCAGCCGUGCGAAAGCAUCUUCAAUGGCCCGCCAGGAAAGACUUUUUGAUCUGGCAGCGUCUUGACGGGACCACGGUCACCACCAUGUCUUCGGCGGAGACUUUCGACGGCUUUGUGCCGGACGGUACCUGCUUCAUCGUUGGUGACCGCCUCAGCAAGGAUAGGUAAUUCUUUCUCCGGACUUCUCUGGUUCUUGGUUCUGAACUUCUGCUUUUAUGAAACAAUUUGCUAAUCUAUCUAAUCCAGACGCGCUGAACUCAACGUCGC